AUGGCUGCCGUACCACCUGAAGGUAAUGUGCCAGGUUCGGGAGCUGUAAUUGUGGACGUGAAUGUGGAUGUGGACUUGGACACAGAUAGCUCUGCCGAGGGGGGUUGGGAAGAUGUAGGCAUACAUAAUUUAUUAGGACAAUCAGACGCCAUGGCAGUCAGGGUCUUGCGCGCAUUUCGUGCGAACACAAUUCGUCAAAAUAAAUGGCAGAAAGACAAUCCACACAACUUGACAGGAGAUAAUAUAGAAAUCAACGCGUGCAUUGCCAGUGGAUCAUAUGGGCUUGUCUUCCGCGCCGUGAACAAAGAUACCCGUACUGAGGAUCAGCCCGGGAUCGAAUAUGCUAUCAAGAUGUCCAAACUUCGAUUAGAUUCGGAGGCUAACCUCGACUACAAUAUGGGCUCAGAUCGUAGUCCCGCUCUUACACGAACCAGUGAAGCUUCAGUUGUUGAUCCGAAUCUAAUGAAAGCAUUGAGCUUAAACUCCAAACGUGGAAGGGAGAUCACGACAUACCUUCAAUAUAUCAAAUCAGGGCACCCUAAUGUCACGAACAUGGCUGGUUGGGCUGAAUUCGACAUCUUGGGAAGCCCAUUUUCUUUGAUUAUUCUGGAGCUUUGCGAUCAUGGCACUCUUUCCGACAUGGUAACCGAAUUUCGAGAGAGCGAUGAAUACAUACCCGAAGGAUUUAUAUGGCACACUUUCGAACAAUUGUUUAAUGGCCUUGCAUUUCUCCAUGGCGAGCAUCCCCAGUAUAUAACGAAACCAGAAUUUGCGGGACGUACAGAAACAACUGUCGCUCGUGAUAUUAAAGCAAACAAUGUCUUCAUCCAAUCAGUUCCUGCAAAUUCUCCCCCGAAUACAUAUCCGACUAUCAAAUUGGGAGAUUUUGGAGAGUCUCUGCAUCUACCCCGACAUGGUACUCGCGAUUUCAAUUACGGAAAUAGUACUUGUGAUCCACCAGACACCAAGAUGAGUGCAAAAUAUGAUGUGUGGUCCGUAGGGGCCAUGAUAUAUAUGCUGGCUAGGAGGGGACAUUACCCAAACAGAGGGUGCGACAUGGUAGACUCGUCUGGAAGGGUUCUUAAGUUUCAUCGCGCGGGACCAGAACAAAGAGAAAUCAUACUUGCUGCGCGAAAUCAAGAAUCGAGGUUUGAACCAAUAAAUGAGCAUCUGACUUUACGCUUAGAAACCGAGAUUAGAUGGGCCAUGACACUCAACCGAGAGGAGCGACCGACUGCUGUAGAGGUAUAUCUCCAGGUGCGGAAGCUUAACGAGGCAAGAAAGAAAUUCAUGUAUAGGGAAUUGCCAGAUUGGGCUCCAUUAUUGAAGUUGCAGCGACGAUACAGACCCCUUGAAUUAGUAAAGAUGGAUUGGAAGGUCAAUGACGCGGAGGAGAGAGACUUUCUAUUUCAAUAUUCAGGAGGACUUACGGUGCGGAGGACAGAGAGAGAGAGGAACAGGGUGCGGAGAAGUAUUGCUGAGUACCACGCGGUGGUUCAGAGAAAGAAAAAUGAGAAACAACGCGAAGUUGACUUGAGAGCUGGCGUACGCAACCACGCUGAGCUAGAUCGGGCAAGGAGAAGGGUGAUUGAGCAAGAGGAAAUCGGCAAGGUUACUAACGAGAGGAAGGAAUAUGGGGGUUGGUUGAGGUCUGGGUAUAAGAGGAGAAGGCUAGAAUAUCGUAGAGGUAGAGCGCGUUGGGUUGAUUGA